AUGGCGGAGAACACACGCAUGCGUGAAAUGACUCAGCGCAUAGAAACGCUGGAAAAACAACUCGAGGCAGCAGAACUCGUACGUGAACAACAACAAUUGGCAUUACAGGACUCGCAAGCACAAUUGCAGCAAUCGCAAAACCAGCAGAAUCAACAUUUUGCGAUACUCCGCCAGGACAUCAAUCGAAUUCUGGAAAAUCAGUCCAACGGAUCGGGGGUUCUCGGCUCAAGUCCCUACAAAUCUCAGCCAAACCACACAGGCAUUAAUCGUACACAACCAACGAAAAUCACUUUUCCGAGGUUUGCAGACGGCGAUCCCACUGAUUGGAUUUUUCAGGCCAAUAGAUAUUUUGAAUUCUAUCAGAUACCCGAGGCAGAACGCGUGUUAGUUGCAUCCUUCAACCUUGACAAACCAGCAAAUUCUUGGUUCCAAGGACUUUUUAAUGAUGGGUUAAUUCCCAAUUGGGCCGCGUUCGUAGUGGCGGCGCAAAGGCGUUUUGGACCAUCGGAGUUUGAAGAUCCGGCAGUCUGCCUUGCCAACCUUCGACAACAAACGACGGUUAGUGAGUUCCAAGCUAGUUUUGAAGUCAUAGCCAGCAGGGUCCCAGGCCUUUCUCCUACACUCAAACGAGCACUAUUCGUCGCUGGUCUCAAACCGAACAUUCGCAGCCAAGUAUUAAUUCAACGCUCUCACGAUAUCCAUGCUGCAUUUUCACUGGCAAAAAUAUAUGAGGACCAGCACACAGACUCCAAUACAGGGUACAAAACCCAACGACAGUGGACACCACGUCCACCGUUCACACCAAAUACAUCAGCCAAUCCAUCCACCACCACCAAACAUUCACCCAUAACAUCCCCACUUCCUAUUAAAAGACUUUCACCAGAAGCAAUGCAACAUAAAAGAGAAAAAGGGCUUUGCUACAAUUGUGAUGAAAAAUACGUGUUUGGCCAUAAAUGCAAAGGAAAAGCCACCUUGCUCUAUUUUGAUGGCAUCGAAGAUGAACCACCCCCAGCCGACUCUGAAGAACACACAGAAUCUCCAAUUAUAGAUAAGAUUUCUAAUCCCUUUUCUGAGAUCAGUUUGAACGCCUUAUUUGGCCAUUAUUCUCCACGAUCUUUUCGUUUAACAGGAACGAUAUUUGGCAAACCAGUUCAGGUUCUAAUUGACGGAGGCAGCACUCAUAAUUUUAUCACGCAUAAAAUGGCCACUUAUUUGGGAUUGGUUUUGCAGUCUUUAGAGCCGUUUACUGUGCAGGUAGGCAAUGGUGAGGGGCUUCAAUGUCAGGCAUAUUGCAAGGAAGUACCUCUAAUGCUGCAGUCUCAUUCAUUUUCCGUUGAGUUAUACGCUUUGGAGUUAAAGGGUACAGAUAUUGUCCUAGGGGUUCAAUGGCUCAGCACCUUGGGACCAAUUCUUACCGACUAUAGCCAAUUGCUCAUGACAUUUGACCAUCAAGGCACCAACAUUCAACUUCACGGACACCGUCCUGACCACCCAAUACUUAUCUCAUCUGCAAAGUUGAAUAAACUUAUGGUCACUGAUGCAUACACUUCAUGCCUCAUGUGUUUCAACAGUUCUCACUCUGCCCCACCAAACACCCCACAAACACACGACACAGAACACCACCAUAUUGUCCCUGACAUCCAAAAAUUACUUUCCACCUACAAUGAUGUGUUUACCAUUCCCAACACCUUACCACCACACCGUCCAUAUAACCACCAUAUCCAUUUACUCCCUAACACAAAACCUAUCCAAGUUAGACCCUACCGCUACCCACAUUUCCAAAAGAGCGAAAUUGAAAAAUUAUGUCAGGAAAUGCUAUCAGCAGGAAUCAUUCGUCCUAGCCAAUCCCCAUUCAGUUCUCCUGUCCUAUUAGUGAAAAAGAAAGACGGUACUUGGCGAUUUUGUGUGGAUUACAGAGCCUUAAAUGCAAUCACUGUCAGAGAUCAAUUUCCUAUACCAACCAUGGAUGAAUUGUUGGACGAACUUCACGGGGCAACAAUUUUCUCAAAACUUGAUCUCCGAUCAGGUUAUCACCAAAUUCGCAUGCACUCCGAGGAUAUUCAUAAGACAGCAUUCCGGACACACCACGGCCACUUUGAAUUUAUGGUUCUUCCAUUUGGGCUGUCGAAUGCUCCUUCCACCUUUCAAGCAACAAUGAAUGAUGUUUUUGCACCAAUCUUACGACGUUUUGUGGUCAUAUUCUUUGAUGACAUCUUAGUGUUCAGCCCCACAUUACAAACGCACAUCAAUCAUUUACAUCAAGUCCUGGAAAUUUUGAGGAAGCACAAAUUGUAUGCAAAACUCUCCAAAUGUGCAUUUGCAACAUCCUCUAUUCAGUUCUUGGGACACAUUGUCUCUAGUGCAGGCGUCGCACCUGACCCAGAUAAGGUCAUCGCCGUUUCAGAUUGGCCCACUCCCACUACGGUCACUCAG